AUGCUACGAGGUAAGCUCUUUAUCUGGCUGGUGCUGUUUACCGCAUUUUGGCCAAGUUUGGGAGAAUAUCUUGGGAAACCAAAGAAAUCUCAACUUAGAACUGCAGUGUCUAGAGUUUUUAGCCGGAGACGAAGAGCCGUCUUGUUUCCACCAGGAUCGUUUGUCAAGUUCACUUGCUCCUUUGCUACCGGCUUGCUGGCGACUUAUCCGAAAGGUAUAAACUUUGUUUUGGAGGAAGCUGUAUAUUUUGAUUUGCCUGGAGCCGUUGAGGAUAUCUACCCCAAGAGAUUCUUGCCCAAGUCCGCUACAAAGAAACCCGAGAAACUGCCCGAUACUAUUGUUUAUAUACCCGGCACCGAUUGGCGUUUCAAGGCUCAAACUUUACCCAAACCCAAAUGGAGGCAAAGACAACCACCUGCAAAGACAAAUCGCAUCGAUGACAAUAGCUAUGCCAAUCCAUUUAAGUGGCAUCAAUGGAAUCAGGAUCAAAAAUGGCAGAAUUACAAGUGGAAAGGUGCAGAUGAUAACAGGGCAAAGUGGACGAAAUGGACCACACCUGCACCGAAGUGGGAGGCCAAAUGGAAUCAGCCAAAGUACAGUGGAGCUUGGGAGUCCCACCAUUACCAUGGUCAUCGUGAUAGAAGGUCUUUGUUUGAUCGCUUUCACAAACUUAGUUCUCUGAUUGGCAUAGAUGUAAAGUCUUGCAUUUUACGCACCAUCUGCGAUAGCAAAAGAUUGCUCCUUCCACCUGGCUAUUCCAUGCUGCAAGACAUGCUGCGUGUAGUCUUCACUAUGCCUCGACUGGAUGGCUUGGAAGAUGAAUACAGUCGGAUCAUGGACAAAGAUGCCGAUGAUUGUGCAGCCGAGCUAAAGACAAAGUGCAAUAUGAAUUUGUUGAUUUGGUUACUGAGCGGCAGAGUUGAUAAAAUAUAG